CUUAGCAGAAAGUAUCAGAAUCAGUCCUCUCCCCACAUUCUCCUCCUCCCUCUUCGCCUCACCAGCUCGUCGGCGGCGGCUCCUCACCGUCGCCGCCUCCUGCCAGUUUCCAUCUCUACCUGUCGCCCGGCUCCGCCCUUCGCCCCCUCCUGCCCGUCUCCGCUCUUCGCCGCCUCCUGUCCGUCGCUGCCUCCUGGCCAUCGCCGACUAUUGCCCUACUCCAGCUCUUGCCCGUAUCACUGACCUCUGGCACUCAAGGGAGAUUGGGAGUUGGCUUGCAAGUCGUCUUUGAAUCCCCCGGAUAUCAAUUUUAUCAACUUAAGCCCAUUAUCUUCUCUGGACUUUGUACUCUAGCCUUAUUGGCUGUUGGGCAGAGACACACUCGAAGACUGCUACUUCUCAUAGAGACCAUGCCUGUAAAAUGGGUUUUUCACUGGCAACUGAAUCCAGGAACAACUGUGAACAGCCAAAUCCUUGCAGAAGUCUCCCAAUGUGCAGAGACUAUUAAUGGUGUUAAAGGUCGUUGGAAGGCCAAUCUGACCUAUUACAAACCUAUCUUUCGAGACCAGACAGCUCCCUCUGAGAUUCCGCGAGAUUUUAUCGGGAUUUCACUGCCUGAACAGCCGAAUAAGUGCUACUUUACCCUUCGAAGUCAUCGGAUUGUUGUUGAAGCCGAUCUAUCUAUUCAAAACAUCAUGGAGAAAUUGCAAUCCUACAAAUCAAGAGUGACGCUUGUUUUUGAGGGAUUUCAGUAUCAUCUUGGUGAUUUCCAGGUGAGAGUUGGGAAAGUUGUCCCGAGCCAUUCAGAGAAUCUUAGAGGAAUAGUAAUGGAGGUGGAGUAUCUUCCAAUUUCUUCUCUGGAGAAAUCCCGAGAAAUCAUGGAGGACUUCACUGAGAUAUGGCAAGAAACACUGUCGAAGAGAUCUUUGCCGGGGCGCUUCAUCCACGCAGAACCAAACUUCUCAGAGUUUGGUCUCUCCGACAACUACACUUCACAGCACACUGCAGUUCAGUAUGCCACUGUUAUGGCCCAGUUGAUUGCAUCUGCGCAGUCAGUGCCUGCAGUGAGAAACUGAGACAUACAAAGAGAUCGUGCUCUUUAAGUUGGCAGGUACUAUACAUCCUCGGCGCUAGUUUCUUAACGGUGGGAAGUUGCAGUUAGUACGAUACUGUGGAAAUAGUUGAGAUACUUCUGCUUUAGCCUUCAGAGUAUGUUGUAAAAAUGGAUGCAUUAAAAAAAAAAAAAGUUUGAUGAGGCGAGUCUACUGUUUGUGUUAUAUUCUGCACUUUGUUGUAGCCAUCGAGAUUGUUCCUUUUUCCCCACCAUAGAUACUUUUCCAAUAACACUGCUUACAGCAUCUCGGAAUAAUAUAUGCUUGGAGUCUGCAUUAUACUAUA